AUGCGGCUUCCAACUUGGAUACAGCCGGUGAUUUUAGCAAGCUCUCUACUUGCUCAGAACACCAAUGCACUGUCCAAGUAUGGGCCAGAGGAUCAGGCUGUUCUUAAGCCAAACAAUGACGCUGUUUCAAGGAAGCCAAAGACCACUCUUGAUGGGAAGAAGAACAUUGUUUUCAUUCUCACUGAUGACCAAGACUCUGUUCUUGACUCGGUCUCUUACAUGCCUAAGCUCAAAGAGCAUAUCAUUGACAAGGGCACAUCGUUCGUUAACCACUUCACCACCACGGCAAUCUGCUGUCCAUCACGCGUUGCACUUUGGACUGGUAAACAACCUCACAACACUAAUGUAACUGACGUCAAUCCACCAUAUGGUGGUUUCCCCAAGUUCGUCUCACAGGGACUGAAUGAUAACUACCUACCUGUAUGGCUGAAAGAAGCUGGUUACAACACAUACUACACCGGCAAGCUCUUCAAUGCUCACACCAUACACAAUUACAACUCGCCCUAUCCUGCAGGAUGGACAGGAACCAACUUCCUCCUCGACCCGGGCACGUAUGACUACCUGAACCCCAUCUACCAGCACAACCAGGAGCCCCCAGUUCAACACAAAGGAGUGCACACUUCAGACUUGAUUUCCAAGUAUGCACAUGAGCUUCUCAAGGAAGCCAUCGGCUCCGAGAAUCCAUUUUUUGUUGCAAUUGCACCUGUGGCGCCGCAUUCAAAUGUUAACCUCAGACGGCAACCGGGAAACCCGAGCGCACCUCUGAUGACUAUUCCUAUUCCUCUUGAGAGACACUCUCAUCUCUUUGAAGGAGCCAAAGUUCCAAGGACCGAGAACUUCAACCCGGACUCUCCCAGUGGUGUGAGCUGGAUUCACAAGCUCGCCCAGCUCAACGAAUCUGCAGUCUCGUACCUCGAUGACUUCUAUCGCGCUCGUCUCCAGGCUCUCCAGGGUGUUGAUGAGAUUGUAGAGCAGAUGACUAAGCAGCUUGAAGAUGCUGGCAUAAUUGACGAGACGUACAUUAUAUACAGCUCUGACAAUGGGUAUCAUUUGGGUCAGCACCGACUGCCCCCUGGCAAGGAGUGUGGCUUUGACGAAGACAUCCGCGUGCCACUUUUCAUCAGAGGUCCAGGCGUAUCCUCCGGAUCCGUUGAGAAUGCCGUGACGACACACAUCGACCUCGCUCCUACGAUUCUCAGGCUCGCUGGUGCGGACCUUCGCACCGACUUUGACGGAACUCCUAUCCCGGUGUUGCCAACUCAGGAGAACAAGCGACACGAGCACGUAGCGGUCGAGUACUGGGGUGGUGCCAUUGCUGAAGGCGAGAUUGGAGGCUUUGAUGGUAAGGGCCAGAUCUUUGCGCAGAAUAACACAUACAAGGGUGUGAGGAUAGUGCAUGAGGACUACAAUCUUUACUACUCGGCUUGGUGUAACAACGAGCACGAACUCUACGACAUUAAGACGGACCCAGGACAAUUGAACAACCUCUUUCCUCACGAUGAUGCAAAGGCCAGCACUGAAUUCCUGGGAACCACUACCGGACAGGUCCUUAAUCGCCUUGAUGCUCUAAUGCUCGUAUUGAAGUCUUGCAAAGGCAACACAUGCAUUGAACCAUGGAAGAUCUUGCAUCCGGAGGGUGGCGUGGCGAGUUUGAAGGAUGCCCUUCAGGCAAAAUUUAAUGCCUUCUACAAGGAACAGGUGAAGGUUCGGUUCGACCGUUGCGAGUACGGAUACUUGAUUGAUGCUGAAGGACCUCAAGUCGGUUAUGAGUAUCGUGAGGGCCUGGAGUGGCAUCAUUGGACUUGA